GGCUCCCGCCGCAGCACCUCCCCUCGCCGGGAGGGAGCCGGAGGGGCUCUGCCAGCCCGCCGCAGACCUGCCCGGCUGCGCGCCGCGCCCUGUGCGUCCCAGCAGCUGCGGGUGCCGCGCCGAAGGCGACCGGGAGAUCCCCGGGACGCACAGCUCCCCGCAGCCCCGAGCGCCCCGGCGCGCCCUGGCCCGCCGCCGGCAUGGCUGUGCUCCUGGCGGCGGUGCUCGCGUCCUCGCUCUACCUGCAGGCGGCCGCCAACUUCGAUGGGAGGUGGCCCAGGCAAAUAGUAUCUUCGAUUGGUCUCUGUCGUUAUGGUGGCAGGAUUGACUGCUGCUGGGGCUGGGCUCGUCAGUCCUGGGGACAGUGUCAACCUUUCUACGUCUUAAGGCAGAGACUGGCAAGGAUAAGGUGCCAGCUCAAAGCGGUGUGUCAACCACAGUGCAAACAUGGAGAGUGCAUUGGGCCAAACAAGUGCAAGUGCCAUCCUGGCUUUGCUGGAAAAACCUGCAACCAAGAUGAGCCCUCCUACCCAACUCCUAUUGACCAAGGCAGUGAACAACCUCUUUUCCAACCCCUGGAUCAUCAAGCCACAAGUGCGCCUUCGAGGGAUUUAAACGAAUGUGGCCUGAAGCCGAGGCCCUGUAAGCACAGGUGCAUGAACACUUUGGGCAGUUACAAGUGCUAUUGUCUCAACGGAUACAUGCUUCUGCCAGAUGGGUCCUGCUCAAGUGCCCUGUCGUGUUCCAUGGCCAACUGCCAGUAUGGCUGUGAUGUUGUCAAAGGACAGAUCCGAUGCCAGUGUCCUUCUCCUGGCCUGCAGCUAGCUCCUGAUGGGAGGACCUGUGUGGAUAUUGAUGAAUGUGCUACAGGAAGAGUCUCCUGCCCUCGGUUUAGGCAGUGUGUCAACACAUUUGGGAGUUACAUCUGCAAGUGUCAUACUGGUUUCGACCUCAUGUACAUUGGAGGCAAAUAUCAAUGUCACGACAUUGACGAAUGUGCCCUCGGGCAGCACCAGUGCAGUGGCUAUGCUCGAUGUUACAACAUGCAUGGGUCCUACAAGUGUAAAUGUAAAGACGGAUAUGAGGGUGACGGACAGAACUGUGUGUAUAUCCCCAAAGUCAUGAUUGAACCUCCAGUUCAUGUGCCAGAGAGAAAUGAUACCAACAUAAAGGGUGAUGGCGGACAUUCUAAUAGGAUUCCUGAGGCUGGAAGUACUAGGUGGCCCCUGAAGACACCAUAUAUCCCUCCUGUCAUUACCAACAGGCCCACUUCCAAGCCAACAACCAGACCUACACCAAAUCCAACACCACAGCCUACUCCACCACCCCCACCGCCCCUCCCAACAGAGCUCAGAACAACUCCACCACCACCAACCCCAGAAAGGCCGUCCCCUAGACCAACAACUCUAGCACCUGCUACCAGUACAUCUCCUCGAGUGACUACGGGUGACCACGGGAUACAGACGGACCCUCAGAAACCCAGAGGAGACGUGUUCAUUCCACGGCAGCCUUCAAAUGACCUGUUUGAAAUAUUUGAAAUUGAAAGAGGAGUCAGCGCAGACGAUGAAGCAAAGGACGAUCCAGGUAUUCUCAUACACAGCUGUAAUUUUGACCAUGGACUUUGUGGCUGGAUCAGAGAAAAAGACAGCGACUUGCACUGGGAGCCGGUCAGGGACCCAGCAGGUGGACAGUAUCUCACAGUGUCUGCAGCCAAAGCCCCCGGGGGAAAAGCUGCUCGCUUGGUGCUCCCUCUCGGCCACCUCAUGCAUGCAGGGGACCUGUGCCUGUCCUUCAGGCACAAGGUGACUGGGCUGCACUCCGGCACACUGCAGGUGUUUGUGAGAAAACACGGUGCCCAUGGAGCAGCCCUGUGGGGAAGAAAUGGUGGCCAUGGCUGGAGGCAAACCCAGAUCACCUUGAGAGGGGCUGACGUCAAGAGCGUCAUCUUCAAAGGUGAAAAAAGGCGUGGUCACACAGGGGAGAUUGGAUUGGAUGAUGUGAGCUUGAAAAAAGGUCACUGCUAAGAAGAACCCUAGCAGCUCCAGAGCUGGCAGUGAACUGUGUUGUUCUUCCUCUUUUUCCAAUCCUUGCCUUCUCAUCUCCUCCCCCUUGUCAGGCCUAGGGCAAGAGUGGUUCAGGAGGAAGGCCGGUGGUGAGUCAGGUCUUGGCGGCCUGCUUUUGUGCAAUCCCACUGAACAGUGAUGCCCUCCUUGAAGUCUAGGAGCAUCUGGAGACACAUCCCAGCCCUUCUGGGGUGGUACCUUCUACCCUGUAUCUCCUUUAUGAAGGUCUUUGGCAUAUGUGACCCAUGCCACCCUUCAUCCCGGUUACAGAGUGGGCCUGAUAGCUGGCUAUGGGGGAAGUCUCCACUCGACGCAAAAGGCAUUCUGUGACCUGCCCGUGUUGUGCCAUGAGCAGUACUGACUUCGCUUACAGUAUGAUGUGCAGCGUGCUUGUGAGACUAGUUGAUUCUUUUCACUUGUUCUGGCCUGACCUCACUCUGACUCUGACUGCCACACACUUUAUCAUGGAAGGGCGUAUAACAUACUAAGAUGCACCUAUUCUUGCAAACUGUGUUUUUCUUUUAAAGAGAGUUAUGUAGGGUAGGCAUGGAAUUCCUUGUUAGUCGUACUGUGUUUGUGUAAAUGUGCUAUUAAUAGAAGUAUUUACAUGUUCCUAAUAUUCACAGACUCUAGUUGCAAGGUCAAAGGCAGCUUAUGGUAGCUUGAGUUAAAAGAUGCAUGGUGAACUUGUCAUCCAUGCCAUGAUCUUAUACUGGCAGCAGGGAAACUGGCAGAGAUGUCUGCUGGGGUAGUAGAACGACUCCAUUUCGAUGUCCUUGAGUUUGACCUUUACAGAAGGAAGUAAACCAUUAAGGGAAGCAAGGGCCUGCAGUUAAUAUAUGAAACCCUUACGUUUUGAGUUAUACUUUAAAACAACAGCUUUCACCAUUGUAAGAUGGCUUCCCGGGUGAGAAACUUGGUAAAGAUGUGUGGGGAGUGGAAGUGUAGGGGCAGGGUCCAUGGGACAGGUGCUCACCAUGAGCUUUAAGUUGACAGAGUGUCUGUCCAUGAGUGUAGCUCAUGGCUGACAUGGUACCUGAGGCUGGGAUGGGAAGUGGGCCUGUGCACCCAGGUGCUGUGUGCAAUGGAAUGAGACACAUGCAGUAGAGGAGGAAGGGAUUGGAAUUCUAAUGUCCACGAAGCCCCAGCUGCAGCUCCUCUCUAUCACACCUCCGCUAAAUUCAAAACUCAUAACUUAAAAGAAAAUCAACCUUCUCCUUACAUCUCUCUCAUUUCUGAUUAAGUAAUCAAAAUAUUUUCUGCUGUUUUUGCCAGGAAACACAGAGAUGAUUAAAGGGUUGGAAAAAAAGAUCUAUGAUGCAAAAGUAAAGGAACUGGGAUUGUUCAGCCUGGAGAAGAGAAGACUGAGGGGCAAACCAUUGAUGGUUUUCCAGUAUGUAAAGGGUUGGCACCAAGAGCUUGGAGAUCAGCUGUUCUCCAUGUGCACUGAGAAUAGAACAAGAGGAAACAGGCCUAGGCUAGGGGGUGAGAGGGCACUUCCUGGCAGGGACAGUUGCUAAGCCAAUCCUUUACAAAAAAAGUGUGGAAUCCCUUUCUCUCUCUCUCUCUCUCUCUCUCUCUCU